CGUGCGUCGUGCGCUGCAUGCAACCCUCAAAGGAGAACUGGCAGGCCUCAAAUCUGUGACUGUGCUGUGACAAACCACCUUUGCCCCUUGUUCGCUUUUACAUAGAACGGCAGGUGCAGUUGAAGAACUUUCGGAGAAGAGUCGAGACACCGUUACUCCUCGGAAAAGGGCCGUAUAGGAGAGGAGGCGAGGGGAUCGUGAGCGCUUUGAGACUCCAAGGGAAGUCUCGGCAGCGGGCAAGGGACACUAGCAACGCUAGGGAAGGGGCCUAGUCUCCUUCGGACAGUUGAGACGUUUCUCCCGGCAUUUGAUAACCAUCGUGUAUAUAUCGGAGGAAGAGGCCUUCCACUGCCCUAUGGAAGCAUUUAGCCGCGUCUUCACAUCGAUCUCCAACACAAGCUGUCAAAAAUGUCUUCCCACCAGCGGUCCACUCCUCCUUCCUCCCUCAUGAACGAGCAGGAGGACGGAGUCGAGUCUCCGUGGACGCCCGUCGACGAGUUGGAUAUGCAGCUGCACUACAUGCCAACCGCCAGACCACCGCCUCUCCCGACGAGGCCCACCCCAGUGCCGCGAACCAUUGUCUGCGAAGGAAAGCUGUCGGUUUUAUCGCCUGCCCAAGUAUCAGGACCCAACGGCUCGAAUCCACGGUUCUCUGGGUCGUCCCAUAACCUAGCCGACCUGAAGAUGCGCCGACGCAGUUUGGACGUCCUACGGACAGCUUUCGCGAAUAUGGUCAAUGGAGGGAAGGAAAGCACAUCAAGUGUUCCGAAUAACAAAGUUGCAAAGGACAAAUGGACAUCUGUGCAAGCAUGGCUUGACGACGCUUCCCUACUACACCUUGAAGGAUUUAUCGCCGCGCAAACGGAACCGCCUCCAAGCAAUGCGUCGAAUACGUCGUUGAAUUCCGGUCUCAAAUGGCGUCGUCUCAGUCGCGAAUUUUCAACCGUCAGGAAAAGUGUCGAAGGUGCUGUGACGCUGGGAGGCGACGGGGAGCGAAAAAGACCAAGUUUAGAAGUCUGGAAUCGUAGAAGCUGGAGCAUCGAUGCGGAUGGGCCUUAUGCAGAAGCGUUACAACGUCGACCUACACGACGGUCGUCCACAUUUAUGGGCGGCUCUUCUCAGUCGAAGGUUCCCGUCCUGUCCACCUUCCGGGUCUUAUCAGUCGAUCGAGAACGAACAGGCACAAUGCUCCUCCUUCACCUCGAACCCUACACACCCGCGUCCACCAUGAAUCAGAACCCUGAUAUCAGCCCGCUUAUCCCCUCGGGUGAAAUCGUGGUCCUAUACCUGCGAUUCAAGGCCCCUGCUAAGUUGGACCGAUGGCGCGCGGCUCUCUCGCUCGCAUUAUGUGUCGCACAGGCGAGGUCAGAGGCCGAUGCCGCACAGGAAAUGGAACGCAGAUUCGCUGAAGCUGAGGAGGCGCGUCGUAUCGCGGAAAUUGAGAAGGAUAAAGUGGAGAAGAAAAUGAAGAAGGAAAAGAAGGCAUGGGAGAAGAAAGUUAGAGACAUGUUUUCGGCCGAAGAGGUGCAAGAUGUCUACCAGGAAACGGCCGAUCAAUUAGCUGAGGCUGAGCGGAAAAUCACCGAUCUGGAACAACAGUUGCAAGACGAAAGGGAGAAACGGCUUGAAUCCGAACGCCAGAUCGCCCGCCUUCGUCAACAGCACGAAGGACCUCUAGGAGAGUUCAACGCCCUGGUGCUUCGACAUGAAGAACUAUGCAAGAAGCACGAGGAACAAACUCGUGAAAACGUCCUCAUACGCGCCCUAUACGAGAAAGAGCUCAACGCGCAUAGACGACUCGCGGGACUACUACGAAAGCAGGCACAUGAUAACAUGCUCACCGCGGAGUCGCUGGCAGCUGUGUCGCAACUCGGUAUACUGUCGCCUCCGCUUUCGCCAUCCAUGUCCCGAUCCAGCACGAGCCAGGCUUUGUCGAUGUCACGAUCCAACACCAGCCAGGCUCUGAUGAGCACUGCAUCGCUGCCUCUCUCCGAUACACCCGCAUCGCAGUCAACAACCACUCUGGAAGUGCCAAACCCCACUAUGCGUACUAUACCCGGGGAGAUACAACGAAGGCUUUCCGCGAUCUACAAUUGAAUGUUUCCGUCAUCGCCGCCAAAGCUAUAUAUCUCAAAACCUCAUACCGAUCGGCAUGCGUCCGAAAAUCACCCCAUUGGUGUAUGUUCCCCCAUACACGGCGUAUCACAGCAAGUCAGGCAUCUGGUUCUAACGUUCCCUGUCCCUGACGUUCUCUGUCCCGGAAACUAUAUGGCGACCAACAUUUGGAUUUUUGAUAUCUUUCCUGUACACAUUUACGGUUUAGAAACCUUCCAUGUUAUAACCCCUUUUUUUUACCCUCUUUUCAAGUUGUUUUCUCUGCUUUCAUGUAUAUAAUGUCUCUUCUUUAGUUACGUCCAAUCUACUGUGCACCUCCUUAUCUUCUGGACAUUGGCCUUGCUCUAUUAGAUCUAGCCCACCUUAGGAUUUUGUGCUGUGGACUGCGUUGGCACAACAUUUACGAAGCACAUGACCAAUCACGUGAAAGACCUCGGAUGAAUUUCUCACGUCCUCGCCAG